GCCGAGGGUUUAAGCCGCGGCGUGGAAGAGCUUGUGUGUCACCUCUACCUGGCCGGAGGAACCAGGCUCCGGCGCCGAAUUCCGUCCCGCUAGUCCCCGCCGCGAUACCGGCUGACCCCGGGGGGGCCGUGUCGUGCGGGGCAGAAGGGCAUGAGACCGAGUCUGUCCCUGGGCUAGCUGGGCGUGCGGUGGCGGUGAUUGAAUGAGUCUCUUCCCCUCCCACCGCCACCUCCGCGCCGCUCUGGGCCUCCCUGAAGCCCCGGUUCCCAGCCAGCCUCUUCAUCCGCUGCCGCCCGCGCCGCCUUUGCUGGCUCUGGAUGAGCGCGGCCGGGCCGGAUCGAUCCCAGGCCUCUGGGAUUCGGGGGUCUGCCGGAAGCCGCUGUGAUGCCGGCUUCCCCGCGUGGGUCCGGGCUGCCUUGGUGAGGACGGGUAGCCGCUCCCGGGUGUGAGCCAGCAGUGUCAUCUUCGCUGCCGCCGCCGCCCGCCUUCGCGGCGCGAUGACGACCCCGGCUCUGCUGCCUCUUUCUGGGCGCCGGAUCCCGCCUCGCAACUUGGGUCCGUCGUCGUCCUUCCCCCAUCACAGGGCUACCUUGAGACUGUCCGAGAAGUUCAUCCUGCUGCUGAUUCUCAGUGCCUUCAUCACACUGUGUUUUGGCGCCUUCUUCUUUUUGCCGGACUCCUCGAAACACAAACGGUUCGACUUGGGCUUGGAAGACGUCUUGAUUCCUCACGUGGAUACCAGCGACGGUGGGAAAAACGCGGGUGGCUUCUUGAUCCACGGGCAGGGCCACGACCAGCACAGACACAGGGAAGAAGAAGAACGUUUGAGAAAUAAAAUUCGCGCAGAUCAUGAAAAAGCACUAGAGGAAGCAAAAGAAAAACUGAAGAAGUCAAGAGAUGAGAUCCAAGCAGAAAUUCAGACAGAGAAAAACAACAUUCUAAAAAGUUUGAAAAGCAAAAGUAGCAAUCCUCUGCCACCAGUCCCUGUGCCAAAUCUUGUAGGAAUAAACAGUGCAGAUCCAGUGGAUCCAGAUAUACGAGAAAAAAGAGAUAAAAUUAAAGAGAUGAUGAAACAUGCCUGGGAUAAUUAUCGGCAGUAUGGAUGGGGGCAUAAUGAACUGAAGCCUAUUGCUAGGAAAGGACAUUCCACAAACAUAUUUGGCAAUUCCCAGCUGGGAGCAAGCAUAGUAGAUGCAUUGGAUACCCUCUAUAUAAUGGGCCUUCAUGAUGAAUUCAGAGAAGGACAGGAAUGGAUUGAGAAUCAUCUUGAUUUUAGUGUGAACUCAGAGGUAUCAGUCUUUGAAGUCAACAUUCGUUUCAUUGGUGGCUUGCUCGCAGCUUAUUACCUCUCAGGACAGGAGCUAUUCAAGAUAAAAGCAGUGCAACUAGCAGGAAAGCUCAUCCCCGCCUUCAAUACACCCACAGGGAUUCCUUGGGCAAUGGUGAAUUUGAAAAGUGGUGUAGGUCGCAAUUGGGGCUGGGCUUCUGCUGGCAGCAGCAUCCUCUCAGAGUUCGGUACACUUCACAUGGAAUUUGUACACCUCAGCUAUCUGACUGGCAACCCUGUCUACUAUGAAAAGGUUAUGCAUAUUCGUAAGCUGCUUCAGAAAAUGGACCGUCCUAAUGGACUUUAUCCAAACUACUUGAAUCCAAGAACUGGGCGCUGGGGGCAGCAUCACACAUCCAUGGGUGGUUUGGGAGACAGUUUUUAUGAAUACUUGUUGAAAGCUUGGUUGAUGUCAGAUAAGAUGGACACGGAAGCAAGGAAAAUGUAUGAUGAUGCUAUUGAGGCCAUAGAGAAGCACCUUAUCAGAAAGUCUAAUGGGGGCCUAACUUUUAUUGGGGAAUGGAAAAAUGGGCACCUUGAGAGAAAGAUGGGCCAUCUCACAUGCUUUGCUGGGGGAAUGUUUGCCCUUGGAGCUGAUGGUUCCCGAGAUGAGAAGGCUGGACAUUAUCUACAACUUGGAGCAGAAAUUGCACAUACAUGCCAUGAAUCCUAUGACAGGACAACUUUAAAACUGGGGCCUGAAGCUUUCAAAUUUGAUGGAGGUUUAGAGGCAGUAGCAGUGCGGCAAAAUGAAAAAUACUACAUAUUAAGACCGGAGGUGAUUGAGACAUACUGGUAUAUGUGGCGAUUCACACAUGAUCCUAAGUACAGACAGUGGGGCUGGGAGGCAGCACAGGCCAUUGAUAAGUACUGCCGAGUGAGUGGUGGAUUUUCCGGGGUCAAGGAUGUCUACUCUUCAGCUCCCACAUAUGAUGAUGUACAACAAAGCUUCUUUCUUGCUGAAACUCUAAAGUAUUUAUAUCUGCUCUUCUCCAAUGAUGAUCUCUUACCUUUGGAUCACUGGGUUUUUAACACAGAAGCUCACCCCCUGCCAGUUUUACAUCUAGCCAAUACGACACUUUCAGGAAAUAAUGCAUAUCGAUAAAAACUAUUCCAGAAAAAGGACAGAACAAUCUACAUUAGCUGUGUUUUGUUUACAUGGACCACUUCAGAUUUCAGGCUUGAGAGAAGACUUAUGUGUGUUUAAAUAAGACCUUGAGAAUUAUGAGAGAAGUACUGCGCUCUUCAGCAUGUAGAUAAUUCAAAAAUUCAAUUUUAUAUGACCAAAACAAUUUGUGCAGUAUAUGGCAGGAAAAAACCUUGUAUAUUUGCAACAGAGAAGGUGGCGCAUGAUUUUGAAGGAUUGAAAGGCUGAAGUUAAAUAUACCAGCCACAGGAACAAGCUGCAACUAUUGAGAUUGACCAUUGUAGUAAACAUUGUCCUGCCCAAAUAAUGUGGAUUCCUGAUAGUUUAUCAUUUGCUUUCCCCCAACCCCCUACUUGGUGGCAUGAGCAAAGCAAUGCAAGGCAACAAAAGUGCACUAAUAGCACCCAGAUUUCAAGUUCUUUGACUGCUAUUUUGAAAUGUCUAAACAUCUUCAUCAGUCUGUUCAGACUGGCAACCAAUCCCAGUGCCUCUGAGACCCUUGCCUCUUUUUAUUAUCAAUAAUGAUGUGCAUCGACCAUUUGUUCUUCUUGUUCAUGAGUAAAUGGAUUAGGGAAAGGAUCAGCAACUUAUUUCAAUCUGUCACUUUAGGAUAUGGAAAUCUUCAUUCAGUGCAGAGGUUUUUUUGCACCAUCAUGACAAAAUUGCCCGAUGAUGUUUAUCAUUUGGCCAAGAUUUCUUUCAACUAAGUUGCAAUAACUAACAUUUGUCUAUGAAUCCUGGAGUUUCACAAGGAUCUCACUCUUUUUAUUUGUA